AUGUUCUACAGCUGAAUGAUACCAACCUGCACCACACUUCAAUUCCUUAUAUUUACACUAUAAUAAUUGUGUACAAUAAUCGCAUUAAAUUUAUGAAAACUAAUGUUAAGAUAAGCAUAUCAUUAAUAAAUGAUAUCUAUGUAUAUAUAAAUUCAAUUAAUGCCAGAGUGUAGCGUGAUAGAGAUUAUUUGGUAUUUAUUUCACUUGCAUUACACAAUUGUAAACAAUACUAACAGUAAUACCGUUCAAUAAUAAUAAAAAUGUUAUCUGUACGUCAUAUUUUAACACCUUCAAAGGAGAUGGAUAUGAAGAUAAAUGAAAAGAAUAAAGAAAGUAAAGUAGAGGAACAUAUGAAGCAAGCAGCAGAACUACUAACUUCAUCAGUUGGUGGAGAUAAAGAGAAAAUUGUUUCCUCACUGCUAUAUAGUCUUGCUACUGUGAAAAAUAAACAACUUAUAGAGGACAUCGAAUCUCCAAGUUUUGAGUCAAAAAAUGAAGUUGAUAGAUUUAAAAAGGGAAGUAAAAUAUACAGUAAAAAUAUGAGUAGAACUUCAAAGUUUGGAAAUUACAAAGAUAAAUUGAAAACACCAAAUCAAAUGUCUUUAAGAACACCAUCUGUAAUUAUAUCGUUGAAAGAAAAAAGUCAGAACGAAAAGAGUCCAAGACAAAGGACCUUAAAGAAACAAAACUUACGGAAAGAGCAACAACAGCAAGAGGAUCUACAAAUGCAACAGUCUAUAAGUAAACGCAAUGAACCAUCCAUAUUUGAAGAAUUAAAAGCGAGUCAGUCUAUAAGAGGAGGAAUGUAUAAAAACCGAAGGAUAUCUCAUAAGAAAGAGAAACUACAAAGUCUACAAGACUACAAGAGUGCUACAACGCCAUCAAAACAUCAAGUGCAGGAAGGAGAGAAACAACGAGAGCAGGAACAGUCAUCAAUAAUUAAGGAAUUAUUAAGGAAGCGUAAAACAAAAUCACAGUUUUUGGACACUGAACUGGCAAUAUUAAAAAAGGAGAAUGAAAGACUAAAAGAAUAUGAGUCAUCCAUAGGCAGAUCAUUGUUGAGUAAGAAGUUUAAUGUAGAGUUGAAUGAAGAUAUGGUCAAAUUGAGUUCGCAAUGGAGAAGCAUAAAGGAUGAAAUACAUGUAGAAAAAAGGAUGGCUGGAAUUUCGUCUCUACAUUGCAUAUUAUUUGAUGAUGAUGUGGAAGCAAUUAAAAAAUGGGACGAAAAUUAUAUGAGUAAGUAUAACAAUAUUUUUCAUGGAAUCAAUGUGACUUCUCCAAAAACUGUUGAACUUGACACAUGGAGCAUGUGUGAGAAGAAAUAUAUGGAAGAGCUAAUGAAAAAAUACCCAGAAAAUGGAUUUCAAGAAAUGAUUCAAUGGACUGAGGAGGGAAAACUAUGGAAGUUCCCUAUUGACAAUGAACAAGGAAUGGAUGAGGAACAGAAUGUACAUUUCUCAGAGCAUGUAUUUUUGGAGCGACAUUUAUCAGGAUGGUGUCCAACUACAGGUCCCAUACGUCAUUUUAUGGAAUUGGUGUGUGUUGGACUUUCAAAAAAUCCAUAUCUGAAGGUUCAAGAGAAAUAUGAUCACAUAAUGUGGUACAAAGAAUUCUUUGAAAAUAAAAAUGAUUUACUAAAGAAACUAGGGCUUACAGAGAUUGCACAAAAUAAAGAGAAACAAGCUCAACUAACUCAAUAACAAUCUUGUCUGUAUAUAUGGAAAAAAGAGAGUGUAAUAAAAAAAAAUUUGUAUAAUUAAUA